AUGACUGAAAAGAACUGGAAGAUCACUAAGCUAUUGCCUUCACCCAGACUUAUUCCCGGGUGGAAGAAUCUGAAACUCCUCAUAAAUAAUAUCCUGAAAGACAUAAAGAGUGAAGAAUUAAGGAAUAAUGUGAUUGUCCUGAGUGACUGGCCUAAGACCUUAUACAAGGAGUCACACCAUCCCCAUAAAAAGCCUUUUGUCUGCUUCUACUCAAUCAACAUUAACUACUUUGUCUCUUUAGACUGGGUAGAACCAUAUGAAAAACAAAUGCAGGCAGUACUUUGGACACAGGAAAAAAUAACAGAAAGGAAAGGAAUAAUCAAGAAGAUGAAAUUUCACACAAUUGCUCAAGUACCGCCCAUUAAAGCCAUGGUCCACACAGGCUCCUACCACAUGCUAAUUGUUUACUGUGGUGACAACUGUCUACGGCUCUUUGGAGACCACUCCCAAGCGUUUACAUCUCUGGGCACAGUGCCCUGUCGCUUCUGCAUCAGCUGCCUCUGUUAUGACUCAGAAACUGAGAUGCUACUAUCUGGUGCUUUGGGAGCUGUGAUUACCUGGCUCAUCUUACCAGGUGGCAAAGGCCUCCAGGUGUCUCAGACAGUGUCCAUGCCUGGGGAUGAGCUUGUGCACAGCCUCUCCCUGAGCGGCCCCCAGGGCUCCCUUCUGGCCCUGUGUGAGAACAUGGUGAGGGUCUUGACCCACCAGGGUCAGGGCCAGCUGAAAGCAGUGAGGACAUUCACUCUUACCUCCAGUGGCUCCUGCAUCACUUGCUCCUAUAGUUGUGUCUUUCAGAGCACUUUCUAUGCUGGAAACAGGGCUGGAGAGAUCCAUGCUUGGGGUUUAGACAAGGGCAACUUUCUCCACAGUUUCCAAGCCCAUUCCUCAUCAGUACUAUGUGUCUAUAGUCGGCCAGAGACUCACACCUUGUUCACAGCCGGCACUGAGGGUGUGCUGAGGGAGUGGAACCUUGCUUCUGGGAACUUGCUUAGGCAGUUGAGUAUUGAUGACAAUCUACAGCAUCUUCAGUUCAUUGAUAAUACCACCUUUUACUGCCAGAGUGCUGCUUCUUUCUCACUGUACCACCUGCCUUACUUCUACAGCCUCUUCAAUGUCUGUGGUUCUGCACCCCAAAAGCUGCAGCGGGUCUGCUGUGGCCACAAAUGGACUCGAAUCCUGUGUGCCACUGAGGAUGGUUUAUUGCGCUUCCUGUCUCCAGUAACAGGGGAUCUUCUGGUUAUCACCUGGCCUCUGAUUGUCAUGGAUAAUACAAUGGCUUGGGCCUAUGACCCAGACAGAGAAGAGCUCUUUGUAGCAAUAGGCAGCCCAGAGGUGCUGGUGUUUGAUGCCUCACGCUCUCCCUGUCCAGCCAAGUAUAUUGUGUGCACUUCAGAAAACCAAAUGGAUAAGGUACAAUGUUUGGCUUAUGGGAGGUACAAUUUGAUCAAGAACCUAAAAGGACUGAUGUUCUGUGGACACGAGAGUGGCAUUGUAAGAGUUCUCUCCCAGUACCAUUUUGCCUGCACAGAAAAGACUGUUCACUCUGGAGCAGUGUUAGCAUUAUCUACCCUGGAAGGUCUCAAAGAAAACUCCUUCCUCUGCUCCUAUGGCAAGGAUAACAUUGUACACCUGACAGAGGUUGUGCUUUUUAAGAAUGAUAUAAUGCUGCAGCCUGCUAGCAAAAUCCUCUGUGUUUCCCCAUUAAAGCAUGUGGUCCUCUUGCCAGGUGCAGUGGGUGCCAUCACCGAGGACUCCUGUUGGUGUAUCUGCCACUAUCAAGAUUCUCUGACAUCAUCAGAACCAAAACAAAUGCUGAAAGAGACAAACUGUUUGCAUGAAUGUGCUGUCACUUCAUUUGAUGUCUGUCUGUUGCUAAAACUUUUUGUCACAGGGGCUGUGGAUGGCUCAGUUCGGAUCUGGGACUUCCGUGGAAGACUUAUGACUGAGUUAGACUCAGCACUGCAUUUUGGACCACUUUGCUUUGCCAAUAACCGGGGGGACUUGCUUUUAACUUUCAACCAGAGUAUCUACAUAGUAUCCUGUUUAAAACUGCUCUCACUUACUCAACUGAAGAAACUAGACAGUCUAAGCAAUGAUGAUGAAAUACAUGAAUCCCCAAAGCCCUUCCUCCCUAGCUUCUUCUUUUUGUUUGAAAUGGUAUUUGUACCCAAAUUUGUCUUCCUGGGACAAAAGUUGCAGAAAUUACAGGGGCUAGAGACUCUUGUCAACAAACGGGUCAUUGCCUUUGAUAAUUCUGUGCCCCAUGUUGUAGAGGAAGAGAGAUGCAUAUCUUCUAUGACUCAAGAGAGACCUUGGCUCAACUUUUUGGAGGAUAACUAUGUUGAUUUGUCUACUCAUGAUCAUGAACAUCCAUGUUCUAUCCCUGCUCAGUUACAACUACCUGGAUGGAAUGGAUUGAACACCUACCGUAAAUUACAAAGCUUCUUUGGUCAAGGGAAGCAGUGGCCUUUUGCUCCGGAUUGCUAUAUCCCAAACUCAGUGGUCCGAGCCUGUCUUUGGCCUGAAGGUACCCCAAUCUUCCUACGCUAUGAUUUUUGCUUACCUCACCAAGAAAAGUACUUGGACAUGACUAGACUAUUAAGAUACCGGCCACAGUCAUCUGUGAGUCUAGAAGAUGAGGACGCCUCGAGCAUAAGAUGGGAGGAUAUAUACCAGGAGCAGAAAAGAACAUCAUAUGGUGUUCUUGAAAAUUUAACACAAAAAAAUUGGGUGGGAAGAAAAGUUAGUGAAGGGUUUAUAGAAAAUAUAAUAACGACCGUUCUCCACCUCACAGUUUACUGUUCUGCAGAGAAAUACAGGAUAUAUUUUAAUGGUCUAGCGCAAAUUUUUGCCACCUACCAGAUCUCUCCACAGUUACAAACAGAGACGGCCUGUCGCCUGCUGAAUGAUACAGCCCAUUUUAAUUCCCUUAUCCGUGAACUAGCCUGGGAGAUGCUAGAGAAGCUAGGCUUCAUUAGCCAUCUUUUUGCUAUUCCACUGGCUGUGGGAUUGAUGGACAGUGAAAAGAAUGUGCGGAGUAAGGUCUUAUACCUCAUGACCAGAUUCACAGGCAUCCAGUCCAAGAGCAUGCUGAUGUACAUGCUGAAGAAACCAGAAACUCUCCAGGAAAUGCAGCUGGAAAUGGUGGGGGAAGCCUCUCUGGCACAUCUGCUGGGGAUUGACGCUAGUGACAUGCAGUGUCUACUUACUCAUGUGCAGCAGCGGCUAAAUGAAAACCUGACCUUGUCUCAUAGAGAGGGACCAUUUCGUUUUUCUUUUGAAACUGCAAAAGAUGAUGAACUUGGGGUCAUUACUGAAGAAACACCCAUCCCUUUAUCAGAACCUGAGUCUAUCAUGGAGGUGAAGAAAAGAAAGAGACACAUUCAAGCAAAGAGAAGAAAGCUCAUUAAAAAGGUCCUGGAAGGUACCAGGAAGGACAAACAGAAAAAACUUCAGAGGGUGGCAUUGCCUUCAGAGGAUGCAGGUGAACAAAUAGAGUCCAGGGCAUCAGGGCAAAUGGACACUCAGUAUGUUGCCUUGGAGCCAGAGCUGCUGCCCAGCCCAGGCAAAUUGGAGGAUGAAUCAAAGGAGGUCAUGUUGGAGCAUUCACAGUACUCAGAAGUCCUGGAAGGCACAGACCAACAUAGCGUGGAAGGCAAAAGAGAGGAACAUAAGAAGCCAGAAAAGAAAAAGGAUUCUGGAGAUAUUUCAGAGUUGACUGUCAAAGAGCCCAAAGAGGAAGUUGAGGAGGAAAUCACACAGGUUUCUGGGACAGAAAGUGACAUAAGAGUACAGAGACCUUCAAAGAGUAGUCAUGGUUUAACUGGGAUCCCUGGACAUGUGGGCAGGUCAGACACAAGAUCCUGGCGAGAUGACAUCUGCUAUCUUGUCACUUCGAGAAUAGCAAGUUCCAAUCCAGGAAUGAUGAGGGACCUUGGCAAGGAAUUGAUAGAGGUGGCACAGAUGGUGCUCACUGACCGACAGCCCAGCUGGCAUCUUUUCCAAGAGAUCUGUCCUCUGCUAAAGGCCUCGAGUACUUCCACAUCAAAACUGGAUAAGCAAGUGAAGGGACCACCUAUCGCCAAAAGAGCUGUCAAGGGAAAAGGGAUGAUGAUACCUAGAAAACAAAAGGAUAAAAGCAUGGGGAAGAAAGAUGUGAGGUUUUCUCCAAAAGUCACAAAAAAGAAAAUGAAAAUUUCAGAUCACCAAGACUUAGAAAAAAGAAAACUUAAGAAAACAGUACAAAUACUGGGCAAACAAAAAGUGGAAAUGGUUAAGGACAAAAGGAAAUUUAUAAAUCUUGAAGAAAAAAUGCAAGAAAAAAGGAAACUGACCAAGGGUAAGAAGAAACCAACCCAUCCAGAAGAAGCAGUGACACAAGAAAAAGAAAUACUUGCUCUUCCACAAAGGACAUUAAGUACAGGAGACCAGAAGUUAGUUCUAGAAGAAAGUGAACUAACUAGAAAAGAGGAAAGACCACUUGGAAAAGGAAAGGAAGUGAUUUGGGAAGAGGAGAGUCCAACUCCAGACAAGUGGAAGCCAGACUGGGAAAAUAUUAUGGAAGUCCAAGAGGACAGAAUAAGGCCUAGGCAAGAAAGGUUGCUCUCAGGGAGGGAAGUAGAAGAGAUCGUGGGAGAGAAAGAGGAACUGGACAUAGAGGAACGAGUUGGAAAAGGGAAGGAAAAGCCCCAGGAAGAGAGACUGGUGGAGGAAAAGGAGGAAGAGGAUAGAGAGAGCUACUUGUAUGGAGAAGAGGAGGAAUCAUCUGAGGAAGAGCGAGUGCAAAAAGCAGAUGGGGAGAGCGUGACAGAGGAUGGGGAGGGCUACUUGUAUGGAGAAGAGAAGGAAUCAUCUGAGGAACCGCGAGUGCGAAAAGCAGAUGGGGAGAGCGUGACAGGGGACAGGGAGGACUACUUGUACGGAGAAGAGAAGGAAUCAGCUGAGGAACAGCGAGUGCAAAAAGCAGAUGGGGAGAGCGUGACAGGGGACGGGGAGGGCUACUUGUACGGAGAAGAGAAGGAAUCAGCUGAGGAACAGCGAGUGCAAAAAGCAGAUGGGGAGAGCGUGACAGAGGACAGGGAGGGCUACUUGUAUGGAGAAGAGGAGGAAUCAUCUGAGGAAGAGCAAGUGCAAGCAGCAGAUGAGGAGAGCAUAUCAGAACAAGAGGACAAACUAGCUCAGAGUUCUGUAGGAGAGGAGAAAGGGGUGGGUAAGCACGUCAGGGAAGAAGAGGAGCAAGAGAAACAAGACCAUAAGGAAAGGCAAAGGCAGGAAGAGGAAGAAAAGGCCAUAGAGAAAAAGCAUUUAGUUCAGGAAAGAGAGAAAGCAGGCCUAAAAGAGAAUGAAGAGCUCAAGGAAAUGAGGAAAUUUUCACAAGAAGUGAGACUAGCCUGGAGAAGAGCAAGCAAAGCUCAGGGAGAAGAGAGGUAUGCCCACAAAGAGGUGGAAACAAGUGAGGGAGAGAGACCAGAGGUCUGGGAAAAAGAAAAAAUGGAUCUAAACGAUGAGGCCCUGGCUGAGAAAAUGAGGAAAAGGUCACAGCCAGAGGAGGCCCAAGAAGAAAAAAAAGCUGAGGAAGAGAGAUUAUACAUUAUGGGAAGGAUGCAGCUUGCUGAAAAAGUGGACGACGAUUUUGAGAAAAUAAAACUACAACCAAGAGAAAAAAUUAAAGUGGUCAUAGAAAAGAGGGAGAUUGAGAAAAUGUCCCCCCCCAAAGAGAAACAGGACAUGAAAAAAGAAAAGCAAGUUAAGAAAGAGAGGGAACGCAUUGUGAAAAGCAAGAAAGCAACUGAGCAGGAGGAAAAAUGGACCACGCAAAUAGAGAAAGCAGUUCCACAAAAGAAGAAAGUGGCUCAGGAAGAGAGACUUCAGAGUGAAAAAGAGGUGAGACAGCUCCAAGAAGUAGAGGAAGAGAUUGAGGAGAAAAAGGCAGGAGAAGGAGAAGGAGAAGGAGGAGGAGAAGAAGAAGGAGGAGGAGGAGAAGAAGGAGGAGCA